UCCACUUUGUCUCUCUCUUUCUUGAUCAGAUGAAGUAAGCAAUGGCUGGUGCGUUUGCAAGAGCCAGUGCCACGCUCUGCUUCUUAUCGCAAAAUCCAAUCAAAAGCCUUCAUUUCUCUACCGGAACACAUUCUUUUAACUUUCCGAAACCCAAAGUUUCUGCCUUUAGAUGGAAUUCUGUGAGACGCAUCAGCCCACUCCAUGGCUUCUCCUGCUACUGUUUUGACACCACCACCUCCCAUUAUGAGUUCUCUGAUGGGUCUUCUGAAGUGGAACUAAGGUUGCAACUUGGCAGCCAAGAUGUUCAAAGUGCCAAAGAUAUAUUUGUGGAUGCGGAUGGUACUUCUCUAACUGUUAAAGUACGGCAGGCUGGAUCCUUCAUCACACUUUUAGAUACUAAUAGUCUGUUUGAGAAAAUAAAGCCUGCUGAAACAAUAUGGUAUAUAGACGAUGAUCAACUUGUUAUUAACUUAAAGAAGCGGGAUCCGGAUUUGAAAUGGCCAGAUAUUAUGGAGUCAUGGGAGUCGUUGUCAGCCGGUUCUCUGCAACUCCUUAAAGGAACAUCAAUCUACAUUGUUGGGGAUUCGACUGAAAUUAACCAAAAAGUCGCUCGUGAACUUGCUGUUGCUCUUGGGUACACACCACUUGAUACAAAAGAGUUGUUAGAAACUUUUGCCAAGCAAACUGUUGAUUCAUGGGUGCUUGCUGAAGGCUCUGACUCUGUGGCUGAGGCAGAAAGUGCAAUAUUAGAAAGCUUAAGUAGUCAUGUCCGGGCUGUUGUUGCAACCUUAGGAGGGUCACUUGGGGCUGCUGGAAGGACUGAUAAAUGGAGGCAUCUUUUUUCAGGGUUUACUGUCUGGUUGUCACAGACUGAAGCUAUAGAUGAGGAUUCAGCAGAGGAGGAAGCCAGAAGGCAUAUUCAAGAUGGUAGUCUUGGCUACUCCAAUGCAGAUGUGGUUGUGAAGCUCCAGGGUUGGGUUGCUGACCAUGCCAAAAGUGUAGCUCAGGCAUCCUUGAGUGCCCUCAAACAGUUAAUUCUAUCAGACAAGAUACUUCCAGGUAAGAAGAGCCUUUAUAUAAGGUUAGGGUGUCGUGGGGAUUGGCCAAACAUAAAGCCACCGGGAUGGGAUCCAUCAACUGCAACUGGUGGUAUAACUGAUGUACCACCUGCUACAUUGCAAAAUUGAUUAAUAUACAGCGAAAAUAGUAAUCAAGUAAGGGAUAUUUUACUGCUUGAUUCUUUUUGUCAAGUUACCUAGUUUCAAUGUAAUUUUCCUUGGAACUUUUUAUGAGCUUUUAUCUACGGUACAUUAUCGCACGAAACCGAGAAACAAGAAAUGGGAUCGAAAAGAAAGAAUCCAGGAGGACGAUAUUUUGCUUUAAUCAAAGAGGGCUUUUUUGUC